CAGGUGAUGCACACUAUAAGCGAAGGGAGCUGUCCGGGUGCUGAAAACAGUCCAUAAAACUUGCCGCGGACAGAUAACGAAGACCAUGCUUUAAAUUGUCUCUGCACACAGGUAAGCAGACCUACUUUCUCUUUAAUUGACAAACAGAAUGGGAGACCAAAUGCACACACUCUCUAUGCAUAUACAGUUUCCACUGCAAGGAUCAGGCGGGGUGGGAGGUGGAUAGCAUAGCCAGGAAACGUCUGAAAUUGCCACCUGAUGCACUUCACUUAAGUAGCACAAAAACACGGUUUUACUGGGCAAUUUAAGAACAUUUACUUUGCACCUGAUAAUGGAUACUAAAACAGCCAAAUAACAGCCAAAAGCCCUGGAAAAGGUUGAUUCUACACAAUUACUAUGCAAACCAAUUAUACUAUCCUAGAAAGGUGAUUUUGGCAAUUUCACGUGCUUUUAGUACAUUAUCAACAUGUGCGUGAAGCUAUAUGCUUCUAAAGAGCAGUAGUGAAUUUAAGGAGAACUACAAACACCAGCAAAUAAGGUUUUGCGCUUCUGCUCUCGAAGAUCACGGUUCUUUCUGAUUAAAGUGAAAGUGCAAAAUGUUCAUGGUUAAGAUGGGCUCACUGGAUCUCUUCAAAUGCUUUAAGGGAAGCUACUGUUGAACCAUCUUCAUAAUGAGCAAUGAAGUGGGGGUUUGAUUCAGUGACAGUAGAUUUGUACUCUAUAAAUGCAAUGUGAAUUACAAGCAAACUGCAGGGUUUCAAAAUAAACAGUAAUUGGGAAUAAUCCCAUUGUGCCUGAAUGUAAUGCCAAUUCACAGGAAGCAGUUAACUGGGAAAAAAUACAGCUGCCAUGCAAAAACAGCUGAAACACCCUUUUCCUGUCAUUUCCUAUUUAUAUUUAAAAAUGUGUUCUAUUUGGAACAAAAUCAUAUCCUGAGGCAGCAUAGAAAAUAUGCAAUUCUUAAAAAUAUUAAUUUUAAGUAUACUCUGAUUUUCUUUUAUUUGGAGCUUAAAAGUUUAAGUUUUAUCAGGGAACUAGAAAAAAAAAGGUAAUUUACAGUUAAAGUACAAAGUUUUAUGGUCCAGAGUGCAAGGUAAGACAGAGUCAAGGAUAAGAAUUCAGUAUUUGGAAAGAAAGCAAAAAAAGAAAUGGUUCUAAGAUGCUUCUCAUGACUUGGUAAAAUUCUGGUUAAAUUGCUAUCUAAUAGCCACCUGUGUAUGUCUGCUGUUGCACUGAAAAACAGCUGUAACAGAAUAAAAGUAUUUCCCAUUCUCUUAAGGGCACUGUGAAUUGCUUUCCAAUCACUGUUUUCCUCUACGUCCAGUCCUGAAAAUUAACAAAUUAUUAGGUAGCAUUUGGGGGUUAUUCAAAGUUCUCAUUUGUGGUGCAGCUGGGAGGAAACAAGGCAAUUCUGUGGAACACGGUGGUACUUCAAUUACCCCAGUAUGUGAAAUUAUUUCAUACUGUGUUGCAAAAGAAGAAGAAGAAGGAAAAAGAAGCUUUGACUGGCAUAACAAAUCCACUGUAAUUUUCUACUCAGAGCAGUGGGUGUGUACAGGCAUUAGGGAUUUUUCCAUCUCAUGAAUCACAGGCAUAUCAACAGGAUAUUUUACAGAGUACAAAGGAAAGGGGGAAAUGAAUGAACCGAAAAAUAUGAAUUAAGCAACGACAUAGGAAGUUGCCUCGUGCAGAGCCAGGCUAUUGGUCCAUCUAUCUCAGUACUGUCUGCACUGACUGGCAGCAGCCCUCCAGGGUUUCAUGGAAAAGUAUAUCCCAUCCCUGCCUGGACACACCAGCAGAUGCUGUAGCACUGAGCUAUGGUUUUAUGUCUGGUAUAGUUUUGAUUUACCUUGGAUGGUUUGUUACCUGAAAGAGAGAGAAAAUAAUGUAUUAGAGAUCCUAUAUUUCCUUCAGCCAGAUUUUAACUGCAUAGGGAACUUGAAUAAUGCCCUUGUAGCCUGGAGAAAUGAUCUAAACACAGCACAGUAUGCAUGCAUGAAAAAUCUAUUUCAAGUCUUUGAGAACCGUAUAGGCAAAGCCUAUACUCAGGGCUUAAUUUGCUUAUGUGUUUUCAUAGAAUGUAUUAAGUAGGAACAGAUAAACAUGUCCUUUGCCAGUUCAUCUCUUCACCACUGAAUUCCCCCAAAUCAGGGAUUGGGCUGAAGGGCUUCUAGAUCAGACAGCAUUAUUUUCAUGCGGUCAGAGUGCUCUAAAUCUGUUGUUUUAGAAAUCAGCCCCUACUCCAGCCACAGCCUUACUAUACAACAUCCAAUGGACGCUACUGCUUGCUACCCACUUUCAUAGACAGAAGGAUAAAAUGCCAAAUAAGCAAAAACACCUGAUCAAUAAUGUUAUAGGCUUAGAGUUAUAUUUAUAUGCGCUGUAUUAUAGCCCUUAUGAUGUAAAUGGGUGUGUGUGUCACCUUACUAUGCACAGACUGACAGAGAUGAAUUCUUGUUUACCACCAACAAAAUUGGGAACAAAUUGGGAACACCAACAAAACCCAGCAAAAAUGUUCAUUCAAGACACUGGAAAUCAGUGAGCUAUAGACUGCUAUCCAAUACCCAAUUAUCUAGAAGGGAGCCUCAUUGAACUCAUUGGGACUGAUUUCUGAGCAGACAUGUAUAGAUUAUUCUGCAAACAUAAAGACACAGUAAAGGAUUUUGGUCUGUUCUGAUAGUCCAUCAAAGAUUUUUUUUUUAAUAAAAAAAAUUAAGCAUCAAUAAAAGCAUGUACCUGGUGCAAUAUUAUGGAGAACAUUUUCCAAAGUUCAAUUUAGCUUGGAAGCACAUUUUCAAAAAGCAAUAAUCCUCCAGGUUUACACAAAACCUUUUGGAGGGGGGGGGGUUUCCCUAGGUUGGGGGCCACACAGGCUGUUGGAAAGGAAAGAAGGAGGUGGUGCUGAAAUAAGAAGUGAAUGGGACAUACCUUAUCUCUCUUCCUUUCUUACCUUCUCCCUCUUUCUCCCUCUCUCCCACACACCCCUUCAUUCAUCCACCAUCCAUUCAUUGCUUCACACACAUCUCACCCUUCCAUUCAUUUAUCAUCCAUUCACUCACUCCCUCCCCCUCCCUUGGCUUUCAGGGGGAAGGGCAUACCCAAGAAGCUAGAGAGGCACAUAUGGCAUUUAGUUUAUAGGUUGCCAAUCUGUGCUUUAGCCUCUCAAGCCCCCUGAUGAUAUUGCUGCAGAAGAACCAUUUUAACUGCCUCGUUGCUUCCUCUCUGUAAUUCUUCCAUUUGAAUUCAUUAAGAAAUAAGAAAAAGAGAGAGAGACAGUCAUUAAUAGGAAUAAACUGCAAUAUUUCAAACAAAAAUCACCCUGCAGUUUUGGAAUCCUGGUUCUAUUGCUUCCACUAUAGUAGUCCAUUUUGAGUCGGUUCUCUUCUGCAAAGUUGUGUCAUUUUAAUGGAGUGAAUCAGCAGAACAUAAUGCUCUAUUAAACUGUAUGCGGUGAAAAAGACCAACAGUUGUCAGGACCUCAGCUGAACCUUCUCAUUUCUACAAAUGGAUGCAAUUCUGAUUUUCAUAUACAGAUACUUUAUGAACUAAUUUCUAUUUUGAUUAAACAACUAAACAAAAAGCUGCCUCAAACCAUUAGGCAGUUUUCAAACUGGCCUGAGAUAGUCAGGUACUUGCGAACCUAUAAAGUUAUUGUAUGUACCUUUACUGGAAAUGCUGCACAAUAAAUAGAAUAGCCGAGCCCCUGCCAAAGGCUUAGAAUCUAUGAUUAGAAUGUAGUUAUAUGAGUAAUACGUGAUACAUACUCUAUAUUGCUGUAUUUACAGUUCAAAGCUGGUAUAUUACAGAAAGACAUCUUGCCUCUGCAGGAGCAGAAAAUGCAUCCUCUCUCCUCAACAGCUCGGAGAGAAUCACACAGUGAAAAACAGGAAACCAGUGUACGUCACAUCCAGUCUCCCUUUCCCGUGAGAAACUCCAACAGUACAGACUGUGGAAUGUAAACACCUGUCUCAUGACAUGCUAGCUGCACAGUGAAGGAAAGCAGAAACCAACAUCCUCCCCCUUUCUGUGAACAUCACUGGGCAGCGUGUUCGUACAGUAUCAGUACAAACCCAACUUCUGCACAUAGGUACAGUGUUGAUCCUUUGAUACAAUCUUGGACAAUACAUCAGCAGGAAUUUCAUUACCUGGCAUAUAGGACACCGUUACGAGUCCCUUCUGAAUACAUUCCCUAGCAUGCUGCAACUUUAAUUGUAAGUGCUUUGUGCUUUGCUUACAACCUUCAGACUUCAGCAAAGCCAAACAUGCUUUGUUGUCCUGGUAAACCUGGAUUGGACAUUUGACAGGAAUUUUCAUAUCUUUGCACAAUUGUACUAACCAUUCACAAUCCUUAAGUGAAUAAGACAGUGCAUUCAGUUCAGCUUCACAAGUACUUAAGCUAACUGUUGUUUGCUUCUUGCAUGACCAAUCAAACAGACUCUGAUUGUACAUAUAGCAAACUCCAGACGUACUUUUCCUGUCUGUAGCGUCACUUCCAAAACUUGCAUCUGCAAAUAUCUCAAGACCACCAGACUUCUGAUUGUUAAAUCUCAGUCUGUAAUGCAUAGUGCCUUUCAAAUAUCGCGCUAUGCGUUUCAGAGCUUUCCAAUCCUUGACACCAGGUUUGUUGACUUGUCUGCUUAGCAAAUUACAGCUAACAGCAAUGUCUGGUCUUGAACAUCUGGCAAUGAAGUUUAGCUUGCCUAGCACACUCCUGUACAGUGUAGUGUCAGAAAAUGCUUCUUCAGUGUCAUCUACCUGAUAACCUGUUGUCAUCGGUGUGUCUGCAGGGUUAGCAUCCAUCAGAUUUAGUUUGCUUAACACAUCAGCAAUUUUCCGUGACUGGUGUACUAGAAUGUUACCAUCUUGAUCUCUCUCUAUUUCCAGAGAUAGGUAGUUGUUUACCUCACCAAGAUCUUUCAUGUCAAAGUGCUCUUUCAGUUGAGCUAGGCGUUAUUGUACAUUGCGACAUCUUUCCAAAAGAAUAAUAAAUCAUCAACAUAAAACAAACAGUACAGUUUCUUUUGCCCCUCCUCUUUGACAAAUACACAUGGAUCAGCUUUCCUUGCUGAAAACCUAGAGAAAACAAUACUUCAGUGAGUUUUGUGUGCCAACACCGUGCACUUUGUUUGAGACCAUAAAGGGAUUUCUUCAGAGCACAAACAAAUCCCUGUUUAACCUGUACGCCAUCAGGUGGAAGCAUAUAAAGUGAUUCAUCUAGAGAUCCGUACAGAAAAGCUGUAUUAAUAUCAUGGUGACUAAUGUGUAGAUUUUCCUCUGCAGCUAGCUUGAGCAUAAGCCUAAUGCUUUCAUAUCUCACUGUGGGUGAAUAGGUCUCGUGAUAGUCUUGACCUGGUACCUGUGCAAAACCUCUGGCUACCAAUCUGGCUUUGUGUCUGACUAUCUUGCCAUUUUGAUCUGUCUUCGCUUUGAAGACCCAUUUGCUUCCAAGCAGUUUCAUUCCUGGAACUACUGGAACUAGCUCCCAUGUUUUGUUCCUUUCUAAGGAAUCAAGCUCAGCCUUCAUGGCAUUUAACCAUGGCUCAGCUUCCUUUGAAUCCAAACCCUGGAUUUCUUGGAAACUUGAAGGUUCAAAUACCUUCUUGGAGCUUUUAACAGCUGUUACUGCUAUCGUAGCAAACUCAUCAGCAAAUCUCUUUGGAGGUUUGCUUUUUGUGGCUCUCUGUGACCUACGAAUUAGCCUUAAGUCUUCAACACUCUCCUCUUCCUUCUUAGGAGAAAACGACCUAUUGUGAACAAUGGUUCCUCCAAUUCUUGAUCAGAGCUUUCAGAGGGUCGCAUAGAGGCUUUCGCACUCUUGAAAUCCUCUGAAUCACCCGAUUCAGUUUCAGAUUCAGACUCAGAACCUUCAUCAGUGGGUGUGGGCUGUUGUGGCUGCUUUGACUAUCCUCAGUCUCAUCACCGUCAUCAGGAUAACAUUGGAAAAUUCCCACAUUCUCCCCCACUUUGCAUUGUACUCAACACUUCUCGUGAGCUUAAUUGUCUUAGAGUCAGUCAUCAUUAUUCUGUAAGACCCUUUCUGAUAACCUAGAAGGAUACCAUGCAAUCCACGCUUGUCUCAGUUGGAGUUUUGUGGUGAGCGAACCCACAUGUCAGAACCAAAAUCUUCAUGUGUUUGAUGUAUGGCUUCUUGCCAAACAUCUUCUCAUAGGGGUACAACCAAUCGCUGAAGAUAACCUGCGAUUGUAACUGUAAACAAAACACGAGAGAGAUUCGGCCCAAUAACUCUCUGGAAGAUUGGCAUCAUGCAGCAAGGUUUUUAACCCUUGAAGCAAUGUCUGAUUUGCCCGUUCCGCAAGUCCAUUCUGCCAUGGCGAGCGAGGACUAGACAAAUCGUGUUGAAUUCCUUUCUCAGCCAGAAAAACUUCAAACUGCUGAGAAGUGAAUUUCCCCGCGAUCACUGAAAAGAGUCUUUAUCUUCUUACCAUGCACAUUUUCCAACCAAGCACAGAAUUCCUUGAACCUAGGAAAAGCCUCCGAUUUCUGCUUGAGAUUGUACACAAAAAUAUAUCUAGAAAAUGCAUCAAUGAGAACCAUGAAGUAUCUAUUUCCACCCAAAGAGGGCGUUAGUGGUCCAACCAAAUCAGCAUGAACAACCUGGUAUGGUUCUGUAGCUGUCCUACUAGACACCUUACCUUUCGCAGCCAUUUUCACCUUGUUUGCUGCGCAUGCUUUGCACUUCAUGUGGUACCUGCAGGGUUUAAUAGUCAUACCUUCAACCAAGGCAGGCAUUUUAGAUACUGCCUCAAAAUGCAAAUGACCAAAUUUUCGAUGAAAAUCGUGAAUACAUUCUGCAUGCAAACUUUUGUUAGAACCUGCAAUGCAACAAGUGUCAUCCUGCACCACAUCAUCAUAAUACAAAACAAACAAACGAUCAACAUAUUCUGCAUGCAAUACAUAAUCAUUUUUCUUUGUGAUGAUGCACUUCUUGUUCUUGAAGGAAACGUCAAUGUUCCGCUCAUUCAGCUGUCCAACGCUGAGCAGAUUAUGUUUGGCGUCUGGCACGUAAAGCACAUUCUGUAUCGAUAAGUCCAAACUGUGAAGAACAACAGUUCCGUAGCCUUUACUGGGAAUAGUGUGGUCAUCCGCCUGGUGAAUCGCACCUUCCUGCGGUGUAAAAGACACAAACAGUUUCUUAUCGUUGCACAUGUGGUGGGUGGCCGCUGAAUCAACAACGAAGAAAGAUCUAGACGUCUUCUGGACCUCUGCAACCUUUGGAGUGAAGCGUGAAACCAUAGCCUUGUGCUGCGUUGUCCUAGACACCGGACCUUUGCCUUUGCCUCGGCCUUUUCCGCGCGAUGAGCUUCGCUGCGCUGCUCUGUCUUGGCCCUGGGAUGUCUGCAUUCCCUCUUCAUAUGGCCUAGACGUCCACACGAGUAGCAUUUCACUGCCUUCAAAGCUUUGGCGCCAUCUGGUGGUUCCACUGCACUAUGGGAUGACGUCUGUGAAGACUCCCCUUGCCCAUGCAGCUAGCACCCCGGCGAUCUGCUUCAUUUAAAAUCACGGCAGUAACAAAGUCCACUGUCAGCUGAGCAGUUGGUUGCACAGCAAUCUGGGUUGCAACAGACUCCCAACCUGAACCCAAAGAUUGUAGUAUCAUGAAAGAAUACACAGCCUCUGGAAAGUUGAGUCCUCUCUGUUGCAGCUCAUGUCUCAGAUUUUGCAUCUCCAUUAGAUGUAAACGCACAUCUCCACCUUCAGCAAGAGCCAUAUUAUGCAGCUUGUUAAAGUAAAACAUAGUGGAUCCAGCUUCUGUCCUUAAGUGAGCCUCUCUCAGAGCGUCCCAAAUUUCUCUGGCUGAGGUCUUAUCACGCAAUAGACAGAGCUCUUCUGGGGAUACUAUCAAUGUAAGAGAUCCCUUGCUUUGGAAUCCUUAGCUUCCCAUGCAUCUGUAACUGGAACUGGGGGUUCCUGUAAUCACCUCAAACAAACCCUCUUUCCGCAGAAUUGCCUCUGCAUACUGAACCCAGUCGCUGUAAUUUUUCUUGUUGAGCUUAGGAAUCCCACAAGCAUCCUGAAGGGCCAUCAUGACUCUGGCAUUAGCCUUCAGCGUCAUAUGCUGCUUUAAAUCUUGCUGCGUCACUGCUGCAGCUGCUUUAUUACAAAGGCGCACUUAAAAGUUACUUUCGAUUUCCCCAGCAUAGUGACUUGUGCCUGGGAGCCUUUUGCCUAUUCCCGGCAAAACCGGCUUUAAAAGUUCAAAGUCCAGCCAUAAAGCCAUUAAUUUGAAGCUGGCAGGCUGCCCGGAGCAGUAGCACAUACCUCAUCAAUCACUUCUACGCGCAGAGCAGAUUCCUUUCCGAUCCGUCCCUCUGCAUUCCGAUCCUUUGCCGGCACUCCGAUUCGACCUCUGGAGUCCAUAACCACGUGUUGAUUUAAAGCAGAGUCUGUCGUGCCCAGCGGAAGGAUGAGUAAUACGUGAUACAUACUCUAUAUUGCUGUAUUUACAGUUCAAAGCUGGUAUAUUACAGAAAGACAUCUUGCCUCUGCAGGAGCAGAAAAUGCAUCCUCUCUCCUCAACAGCUCGGAGAGAAUCACACAGUGAAAAACAGGAAACCAGUGUACGUCACAUCCAGUCUCCCUUUCCCGUGAGAAACUCCAACAGUACAACUACUUUAUAGGGAAAUGCUUAUGAAGUGCCCAUGGUCUCCUUCUACCAUCUCUUCCACCUCUGGAAUUGGGCAUGAAUGAAGUAUUCUGUUGUAGACAGAAAAUAAGUUAUGGUGUGUUCUUGGUUGUAGUGUAUAUUACAGCCUAUAACAGUUUCCCCAGUUUGCAAAUGUGUCCAUGGGCUCAAAAAGGUUGUUGUCCUCUAGUUUACUGAAUCUUUCCCCAACCUUUUCCCCCGCAGACGCUUUGAACUACACCUCCCUUCACCCCUGACCAUUGGCCAUGCUGGAUGGGACUAAAGGGAGUUGUGGUCCAAAGUAUCUGGAGGGGAUCAGAUUGGAGAAUAUUGACUUAUGGGGUGAGAUCCACAAAGGCAAUAGCUCAUUCCCCAGGAAUUCUCUUCCACACUGCAGCCUCCUGCACUCCUCAGAAUCUGCUCCAGGGACUUGUGGCACCCUCCAUAGCAGGUUAUGGGGGGCAUAUGAAGGGCUGUAGGCUGGAGAUGGGAAACUAGAAGUCCCCUUGCAUAAGACAAUUUCUGUUGCACAAGAAGUGGUCAGCACUUCUGGAUUUUGUCCACAGCAUCUGAACACACAACAGACUCCAUAUGGGACUUCCCCUUCUUCCUCCCACAGCCCCUUGCACACCCUUAAGAUCUUCUCCAGUGGCUUGGGGAACCACCCAGAACAUACUUUGAUGUGGGCACAGGGCAUAGGAGAGGAAUAAAAAGUCCCAUUGUGCAAAUGGAACUCCAUGCGCAGAGUGUUGGAUACAGCUGCUUAGCUACAGAAGUUCUAUUCUAAGUUAUACUCAGAGGAUACCCAACUGAAAUUAAUAGAGAUAACUUAGCUAUGUCCAUUAAUUUCAAUGGGUCUACUUUGAAUAGGCUAGCAUUGAAUAUGGCCUAUUGUGUUUAAUACAUCCCUAAAAUCCUGAUGUUUUCUAGAGAUUAUAGGUCAAUUUUUCAUUGCUAUGAGCUUAGAUAAUGUCCAAACUUUUGUGUGCUAAUUUUCAUUUUUUUAUUUUAUUUUAAGGGAACAUUUCAAACAUGGCCGAUGCUAAAACCUCAAGGCUUGCUACAGUCUUGCCUCUUGCUCUGCUUUCUGCCCUGAUCUGUUCUGCCAGUGCUGCUUCAUUUCAACGUUACCAAAACAUCCAGAAAGAUCCAGACUACCUGAUGAAAAACUUGCAAAGGCUUCCAAACCCAGAUAUGAUCAAAGCCCUGGAAUACCUAGAAAACCUCAGAAAACAAGCCAGCAAUGGAGAAACAAGCCCAGAUGAUAGCUCCUAUCAAAGUGUCCCAUUUGCUCUGCAGCCAAAGGAAAGCAAAGAUCAGAACUACCUGUCGGACAAUCUAAGAGAAUCUUUAUCAGAAGAUGAGUCACAGUGGGCUAAGGCCAUGUUGGAAGCACUAAGGCAAGGAGAAAAAGAAUCAAAGGGAACCCUGAAAGAAGGUAAAUUCUACCCCAUGAGUUCAGAUAACAUCUUCCAAGAUGGAAUGACUGAUGAUUAUGAUGACCGCACCUGGCCUGAGACACGGCACAAACAUUCUAAGAUACCACAUGUCUACUUAGAAGAAAAUUCAAGAGACAGCCCUUAUAAGCGGACAAAUGAAAUCGUGGAAGAGCAGUACACACCUCAAAGUCUAGCUACCUUAGAAUCAGUGUUUCAGGAGCUGGGGAAGAUGAUGGGGCCAAGUAACCUAAAAAAGGGGAGGUUUGAUGAGGAACAGAAACUCUAUGCUGAUGAUGAAGAUGAUGCCUAUAAAGGAAACAACCUUGCCUAUGAAGAUGUGGUGGGAGGAGAAGACUGGAACCCAAUAGAGGAAAAAGUAGAAAGUCAAACCCAGGAAGAGAUCCGAGACAGUAAGGAACAAAUUGAGAAAAAUGAAGAGGAGAUGGAUGACGAAGCAAAGAGGUCCAGCAUCCUGGAGGAUGAGAUGAAAAGAGAGGACAAAGAUCAAGUGUCAGAGGAUGUUUCACAGCUGAUGGAUUAUUAUUUAAAAAAGAUGAUAAGCAGUGCCGGAAAUGACAACUCAAGAUUCAAGCAAAAUGAAGACAAAAGGGCCGCGAGAUAUUCUGGAAAGCAACUUGAUCCUCAGGCUAUUUAUCAGUUAAUAGAAAUUUCAAGGAAUUUACAAAUCCCACCUGAGGAUUUAAUUGAGAUGCUGAGAGCUGGUGAUAAACAGAGUGAAAAAGAGCAAGAGCCUGAACUCCCAGAAGAUGUUGAUGACAUCCCUGAAAUUAAUGUAGACAAUUCAGAUGUAUUCAAAAAUAAAAUGAACUCUUUGAAUGGUUACAGAAAGCAGCGACUUAAUUUGAUACCGGAUAAUCUACCAGAAGAUCUCACUGUGGAAGAUAUCAUCAAUCUUUUGGGGACUGAAAAUGUAGGGAGUCAGAAACCAUCAUAUCUGGCAAAUCAACUCAAGCAAGAGUUGCCAAGAGUUUCCUACAUGCCUGGAAGAUCUAAAGGGCACCAGUUUCCCAAAGCUGCUUGGUUAAACCAUUUGGAAAGACGACAAAUGGAACAGGAAUCACUAAAUGAAAAGGAAGAAGACUUGGCAGACUACUUAGCCAAGGUGCUGGCAAAAUAUCCCGAGGUUGUUAAUACAGGUCAGAUGAAACAAAUUCCACUUGCACUUUCCUCCGAGGGUGACUUGCAAGAAGAUGACCAGUUUGAGCAGGCUAUCAAAGAACAUCUAAACCAGCUUGGAACUCAAGAGUCAGACAAGUUGACAUCUCUCAGCAAAAGGCUGUCCAUGGCCCAAGAGAAUGACGACACACAAAACAGACCAUAUAUGGAUGAGGAUAUGCUAGCAAAGGUUCUAGACUAUCUAAACCAGGAAAAGUCUGAAAGGGGGAGGGAGCACAUUACUAAAAGGGCAAUGGAAAAUAUGUAGUUAUUUCCUUAUUAUUUCUCUUCAUUGUAUUGACUUCUACCCCAGUUCUGUUGUGAUUUACCUUUCUUUAACAAUUUGAGGCAUGUUCAGACAUUACACACAGCUGCUUUAUGCACAUAGGAAUUCUGGCACCUGCAUUUUCGUGAGUAAUGUUACAUCUGAAAUGGGAGCUCAUGGACCUCAGCUGUAGCUACCUCUGUGAUCUCUGAUAAAAGUUUUGGAACAUGGUCACAGAGAUUCCUAGAGAUGAUAUCUGUGAGUUCCCAGCAAACACAUUGUUUUGCUCAUGCAAAUGAACAUGCCCAGAGGAUCCCUGCAGGUGCAAAAAGUGGCCCAGUUCUGUGUCUCAACUGGUCCCAGUGGUACAUGAUUUGACAUUGAACAGUCUGCGUAAACUCCUCUGAGCUGUUCUGUUGUUUAUGGGUAUCUUUCAAUGUUCUAAAUCUUGGUCAUGUAACAAAUUGCUUCAAUUUUUUUAAGAAACAGAUUUAUGAAAUUAAGUGAAACUAUGUAAAACAAUGACCACGGCAGAUCAUGACAAUGGCAGAAUGACAACUGCAUUCUAUGAGGUUUUUUAAAUGAAUUGAAAUAUUUUGUUAUUGUGUGUAAUGUUUUUGUGGAGUACUGAAUAAAAAUAAAGCAUAUUAUAUAUAU